UUCUUGGGAGGAGCGUCUUUAUUUGUACCGAUAAUCCCGCCAAGAAGCAACGGACGCUAGUGUGUGAUUCUUCCGGGUUGUUUAUUUCAUAUCGAAGAAUAAAUUAGUGUCUUUUUCGGAUACGUUAUGUUAGCGAGUUUCGUGUCGUUGGGGUAGAAAAUAAUAUUUGCUUUUUUAUGGAGCUUGAUGUUCAUAAACCAUCGUAUUCUCAGUCUACUACCAUGCCCAAAUCAAAAGACGAAAUUAUGGCUAUAGUUUUAAAUGACCUUUUGAGUAUCCACAAUCGUGGUGUGGAAAUGACGAAUCGCCUCCACCAGAAUGUCGAUGAUAGUUUGGCUUACUUCCAAGAACUGGCAACCCAAUUGUCACAACCAUCGUCUGGUCCGUUUGUUAUGAAAACGCCGAAGAUAUUGCGAAAAAGAGCGGUUCCACGUAUCGAAACUAUACCAGAAAAUGAGGUAUUUGAAGUAGAAAAUAGUCAGUCAACAACUUCUCUUCAAUCUAUUGAUAUGGAAGAGCAAGAGACGAGUAUACUGAGUGGCAGAUCAAAGAGGAAUGCAUCUAUGAAAGCAGCAAAUAAUAUCAAGAAACAAGUUUUUCAAGAUGUUAAUACAUCUGUAAAGAAAGCAAAGAGACAACAUUCAGCCAAAAGAAAGAAGUCUGCGGUAAGCAGUUCUGACGAAGAUGAUAUUAGAAGCAGUUCUAAAUAUAGCAAAGUAGAUGAGGAUCUAGGAAAACCAAAAAGGUCGAAAAGAUUAACGAAAAAGAAAUCUGAACAGGUCGCUCAAGCUGCUUCGCUUAAGAAAAUUCAAGAGACUGAAGAGGUUGACGAAGAGAACACUGUUGAAUUAUCGAAAUUGCAAUGUUCAGAUAGAUCAAAACUUAAAAGUUCUCAAGAUGGAGAAGUGAAUAAAGUCGAUGAUAUGAUUGUCGCACCCAAUACGGAUAAUGUUGAGGAAUCUUUGUACGAGGAUGCAAUUGAAAAGCCCACUCCACUUAUGAAUUCAACUAUGAAACAUAGUUCUGAAAAGAAAUUAAAUGUUACAGUUGUAUUGGAGCGUUUGCCGAAACAGACAAAAUUAAAUGAGACAAUGGUAAUUCAAAAAGUAGAAAAUAAUGCAGAAUCGAAAAAGAGAUCGAGUACAAAGAAAGCACUACAGGACAGUCCUGUGCAGUCAAAAAAGGAAAUUAUGGAAUUCAAUAAUUAUAAUGAGUUAAUCACAGAAGAUGAAUCAUCGCCUGAGGUAAAGAGAUCGAAAUAUAAUACAAAGAAGGAAAUUAAAAGCUUAUCACCCAGUGACAAUGAGAUCCCUAAUACGCCAAUGAAAACACGUCUUAGAGGCGCGCCUACGAUUGCACAGGAUAAAAUUAAUAAAGCUACGUACAAGUCCAGUGCAUUAUUUAAUGCUUAUGCAAACGAGUCUGUAAAAAAGCGAGUAGAGGCAUUUGAGCAAGUGGCGAUGAAUAGUCCAAAGUCGGUUGAUGUAGACGCCCCAAGCAGAAUAACCAGAUCAAAAACUCGUGCAAUGAAUACCGUGGCAGAAAAUGUCACGCAAAUGUUGGCUCGCAAGUCGCUUGCAAAAGCAAAGAAAAUCUCUUUAGCGAAGCAAAUAAAAGAUACUGAGGAAUAUAAAGAGGUAAAAGCAUCUGUGAACAAAGACACUACCAAGAUGCCAGAACGAAUCACUAAAUUACUUGAUAAACCAAGUACAAAACAAAUGCAGCAAAAAACAACGCCUUUAAAUAAAUUGAGAAUGGUUCAACCUCCAACAUCUAUAAAUCGUCAAACUCCCACAAAUACCCAAAAUAUCUUAAAUUGUCCUAAAGUUUUAAGCGCUCAGCGUGCAAAUAUUCUUACUGGUAUCGAUUCCUUAAUCACAAAAAGCGUUAGUAAAACCAAUUCAACCAAUUCGGAAAAAACGGAGGAUAAGAAGCGACCUGAGGAUGACGCAAGAAAGAAGAGAGACGAAACUUUGAGAUUACUGACAGAAGAAAAAAGAAGAAAGCGACAGCAGAAGGAACUCAAGAAUAAAUUAGCGAGAGAAGCUAAAGAGAAGCAAGAGCUAGAAAAACGUUACAAGGCCGAGAAAGAAAGAGAGGAAAAGGCAAAAUUGGCUCAUUUAAUGCAGGAAAAGCUCCGCGAGGAGGUAGAAAAGAAGCGUUUAGCUCUAAUGCAACGAGCACAGGAGAAGGAAGAACGUCGUAAAUUAGAAGAGCAACAAAGAUUGCAGAAAUUGCAGGAGCAAGAGGAGAUGGAGCGUUUACUCGCCGAACAAAGACGCCGUGAACAAGAAGCUGAGAAACGCAGGGAAGCGGAAGUACGAGCUCAACAACAAGCUGCUACCGAAGCACUGAAACAAAAACAGUUAAUGCUCGCUGCUCAAGCUAAAAACAAGCCAGGACCGACAGAUUACAAAUUAGAAAGCGAGCCUGAUGAUGAUUCAGACGAUGAAAGCAGGCCAAAACAUGAGAUACCGUAUUGGGCACAACCACAUAAUCGCAAAAUAAAACUUGCAAUGCAACGACAUAUUCCUCAAGGAUUAAUUAACAAAUUCUUCAAUACUCGUAAGUGCACGCCAGAUUUAACGGAAUUGUUCCAAGGUAUAGACAGAAGUCGAUUGAAGCGUACGUCCAGUGCAAUCUGGAAAAUGCCUCCGCGUACUGAUAUGAUGGAAGUCGAGUCUUUAUCGAAAUAAUUAAAAUUCUCAACUGCACUUGAAGAUUUAAACAGUAUUGUAUGCGUGCAUUAAUCUUUAAAGUAUCAUAUGCAUGUAGAAAACAUGAGAGUGCGUUGUUUAUUGUUAUAUCUCAUGUUCACAAUUGUGAAUAAUAUAUAUAACGCGUUUUUAAUAAUUAACUUUUACUUAUUUAUACAUUGAUUAUCCACAAA